AUGGAACUUAAUACUAUUGCCACGGCGCCCACGUCAAGUGUAUUGAAUCGAUCAGCAUCUGACACCACCUUAAAUGCGGCGGAAACAAACACUUCCAUUAGUCCGCCGUCGCCUAGUUUUGUUUUCCAACGUUUCAAACGGAGAAGGGACGAUGAUCAGCAUGAGUUUGUACUAUCAACUUUUAAGGAAGACAUGAUAAAGUCAAUGACAACAAUGGUUAAAUCACUCCUCACCGAACAAGAAAAAGAACUCAAAAAGAUUUCCCCUGCUCUUUUAGAAAUAAAACAAACAAACGCUAAUAUUGAAAGUUCAAUUACUUUCCUUACGGAACAAAAUAGAGAACUAAAAAAUACAAUAGAAUCAUUAAAGUCUCAAGCCAAGAAGGAUAGAGAAUACAUAGUACUUUUAGAAGAGAAAAUAGAGGAUUUACAGCUUUCAAAUAGGAAAACAAAUCUGGAAAUAAAAAACGUACCCAAUCAGGAGAAAGAAACGAAAGAAGAUUUAAUCAAUAUGACACUGUCCCUAUCUAAAACAAUUGGCUGUGAAAUGAAUAAAAAAGACAUAAGUGAUAUAUAUAGGAUAAAGAGUAAGAAAAUUAACCAGACCAACUCUCCUAUUAUCGUGGAGACUUGUUCCUCGCUCCUGAAAACAUCAGUACUCAAGGCAUGUAAAACUUAUAAUAUCCGUCAUAGGGACAAACUUCGAGCUAAACAUUUGGGACUCUUAAAAAACGAGGAAGCACCAGUAUUCGUCUCAGAACAACUGACAGCCCGUGGAUCACGACUUUAUUUCCUAGCCCGUGAUUUGGCAAAAUCUAGUAAUUAUAAAUACUGCUGGACAGCCUACGGGAAGGUCUACAUCAGGAAGGACGACGUUUCGCCAAUCAUAACUAUUAAAUCGGAAUUACAGGUACAAAGUCUCAUACAGACAUCCUGA